AUGGCUUCCUCCACCUACAUCUCGGCGCUGCUGAGGCGCCUGCGCAGCGGCGGCGAGCAUCAGGAACUGCAGGCUGCCAGGACGCUGGUUGACCUCUCUGCCGACAGCGAUGACAACCGGGCAGCCAUCGUAGCGGCCGGCGGCAUUCCGGCGCUGGUGCAGCUCCUGCGCAGCACUGCCAGUGAACAGCUCCUGCGCAGCCCCGCCAGCGAGCAGCUCCUGCGCAGCAGCACCAGCGAGCAGGUGCAGUUGGUUUCAGCCAGCGCGCUUGGCUGCCUCUCUGUGGACAGCCCUGGCAACAGGGCUGCCAUCGGCGCGGCCGGCGCCAUCCCUCUGCUGGUGCAGCUCCUGCGCGCCGCCAGCGAGCAGCUCCUGCGCAACACCGCCAGCGAGCAGGUGCAGUUGGUUGCAGUCGAAUUGCUUGGCUGCCUCUCUUGUGACGGCCCCGACAGCAGCUCGGCCAUCGCAGCAGCAGGCGGCAUCGCUGCUUUGCAGCAGCUGCACAGCAGCAGCCCAAGCGUGGAGGAGCGGGAGGAAGCUGCUGCUGCACUGCACAACCUGUCCAACAGCGAGCAGGCCGGAGCUGUGGUGCUGAAUGCUAAAGGCACUGCACAAGAGGCACACGGAAGCGCUGACCCCCCAGCAGCAGAAGCAGCACCCGCAGCAGAGGCAGCUCCAGUGGUUGCAGCAGAUGCAGCGGUGCCGGCUUCCGCACCACCACAUGUUGCCAGUGCCGGGGUGUGA